AUGCCGUCUAGUAGGUUUCUUGUAGUAGAAUUAGUAGUCUUUAUUUCUUCACAAGAAAUUCCAAUCAGUUCUCUUGAUGAGUACCAAAAUGUGGAUGGUUUUAAACUUGACCGUCAAAAGUUAGCCUCAGUUCGAGUACUUGGAAGUGGCAACUUUGGCCAAGUUUGUAAGGCAAUUUACGGACCUUUGAGAGCUGAAGUUGCUGUUAAAUCAUUAAAGAAUAAUGCCCUGCCAAAGGACGUGCAAGAUUUUAAAACUGAGUUGGCCCUUAUGAGCUCCUUGCAGCCUCAUCCCCAUGUGGUAAAACUCAUUGGCUUUUAUUUGAUUCCAGAUUCCUCCCUAAUAGUUUUGGAGUAUUUAGCGUAUGGUAAUUUUUUGGGAUACCUGCGUAAAAGCAGAGGAAUUGAGGAUAUUUAUAACACAGGAGAGAAGGGACCAAUUUCAUCACUCAGAGAGAAGGACAUCUUGUCUCCUGCGUGGAUUAUCGCUGAUGGCAUGAAUUAUUUAGCAUCAAUGAAGAUUGUUCAUCGAGAUUUAGCAGCUCGAAAUGUGUUAUUGGGUGACAACAAAGUAUGUAAGAUAUCAGACUUUGGUUUAGCACGUGGUUUGGAAGAAGACAUCUACACGGGAACGACUCAGGGUCGUCUUCCCUUUAAGUGGAUGCGUCCAGAAUCUCUAUUCUAUGGAACAUCAACUACUAUGAGCGAUGUUGAUUUUACAAAGGUGGCCGACAACAUUGAAAAGGUGGGACUACUGGACAACUUCAAGGCCGAUAGGUGGACCUGUUGGGACUACGAACAUUCCAGAAUCCAUGGCUCCAGCAAACAAUUCAGAAACGGUAGAAGGUCGAUGUGUCGUAAAUGCUGUCCAUUAUCAAGGUACUGUAAUGUUAGACUGCCAAAGCGAUGGCUUUUGGAACAACAGCUCACUUCAGGGAAGUUGUGUAUGCAAGGAGAAGAUGGAAAAUGCAGAGUAGAUAAUAAGAAUAGAGUAAAUGAAGUGGCCAAAAGAAUUUAUGGAGAUGAAGGAAAUUUCGCGACACUGAACAUAAUGAUUGAAGGAUUAGAGGUAGCUUCAAGUAUUGCAGCCCCAGGAACUAAAGCCUCAUUUAGGACAGUUUCCGCAAAACUGGAAAAAGAUGGUCCCUCCGAAGACAAGAAAAUGAUGUGCAAAUGA